AUCCACCAUGCAGCACAAACACGCACCACAUCAAUGCAGUGACGCACUCCUCUCAACAGCACCAUCCGUGCCGUCCUUCUCAUCACACGCCACGGCACCAUCGCUCACCCCCACCACCUGGAGCGACUCCUCACCGUCGGCAGAUGGACGAUGUCUUUUUGGCCCGCGCCUCCCCAGUGUUUCUGUCAACAGACGAUAGGCCGGGCCGCCCCUUCCUCGGUGCAGCGAUUUUCUUGACUUUGCUGUCCUCGACUGCUGAUCCAGCAGCCGCGUGUUUGGGGCUCCUUGUGGCGUUCUGCUGCGGCUUGCCGCUGGUGCUGCUGCUGCUGUCGAUGCUGGCCAUGACUGCGUCUGGGUCGAGCUUCUGCUGCUUGAGGACAUCGCGGAGGGCGUGGGAUAGCACCUUGUUCUUCUCUGUUUGUAGAGCGAGGAGGCCCCUGGUCUGUGCCAGCUGUGUCUGGAGGUAUUCCAUUUCGCUGUGGGCCUCUGUCUUGGCCUCGGUGACGGCAUCAUUGAGGGCCUGAAGGGUCGAGGUGUGGUGCUGCUUGAUGGACGUCACAAUGUCUGUGGCUCGAUUCUGCAGACAGGAGACACGCGUGUGGGGAAGGAAAUGCCCACUGAUAGAUGAGUGCUUACUCGUUCCUGCAGGCACCGUUGACACUCCUCCAGCUGCUGUUCGAGCUCCCGUAUCCUCUCUGCCCACUUGCCCUCCUCCUUCUCCUUGAGCAGCGCCUGCCACUCAUCAUUGCAGCGGCGCUGAAACCACACAAACACACACACACACACACACACACGUCUAUACAUACGCACAGGCACUCUCCCACUGUGUCUCUUCCAGAAUCUCACGCACUGUGUCUCUUCCAGAAUCUCACGUUUGUGUCGUCUGCUUCUUUAUGCGAAGCCUCGACCUGUUCCUGUGAUUGCUUGCGUGUCCGCUCCAGCUCCUCUCUCAGUCUGUCGGCCUCUGCCUUUGCCCUGGCGACCUCCUGUGCUGCGUCAUCGAGGCUCUGCAGUGCUGUGGUGUGUCUCUCCUCCCACUCGAUGGAUGCAGCCGCCUGCCAACCACGGAGCUCGCGCACAACAGCGUUGAGGCGAUGCACCUCCUCCUCAUGCUCGGCCUGAGGAGACGUGCACGAAGGUCGACUGCCCAUUUGAGAGUGAAUUGUUCUUACUUUCUCCCGUCCCAGCCUUAUGUUCUCCUCUUUGAGGGACCUGGCAUCCUUCUGAAGGUCCUUCAGUGAGGUCAUUAGUGCCGUCUCGGCCUGGCGAAGGCACGUGGCACGAUCGGUGGCCAGCCCUCUCUUCUCCAGCUCCUCCAAAUCGCCGGUCUUCCACGUUCGCCCCCUCGCCCCACCCGUCACAGAUGGCUUCUUGCGGUCGGAUCUCCUGUCUGUUAGAUACCCCUGAACACUUCCAACGUAGCGUCCGCGGUAGGGUGGCACCGCAGGCCCGCUCUUCCGAAGGAACCGCUGCGUCUGCUGUGUCACUACCUCUUCCAAACGGUCACGCAAGUCCAUGUCAGCGGCACCACCAUUCUCAUGGGCAGCGACAGGAAGCGACACAAACGAAGAUGAGGGAAGGGGCGCCCGGUCAGGCACAUCUGGAGGGGCUGUGAGACAUGAGACCGGGGUGCAGAUGGACAGGUCGUCCUGAGUAGGAAAUAACGACACCGCGGCCGGUGCAGGCGGUGGAGCCUCGUCCUCAGCCUUGGCGCCGGCCUUUGCGCGAUGAGAGCGGGGCCCUUCCAUCGCGCACCUUGCUCGCCGAGAGGAAGGAGGGAGGGGCGGACGACCAGACGGAGCAGACAGACGUGCUGGCUUCUCGAUGGUAGCAGCAAAAGACUGCUCAGACGGGCACGCAGCAUGAGCGGCAGAGGAAGCAGCUGCCAUGUCGCCCUCUGUAGCUCCAUCGCCUUCAUUCAGGGCAUCUUCGUCCUCCUCUGGUAUCGGGGGGAUCGGGGGAGGGCGGCGCUCACGAGCCGGGAAGGAGGGAACCACACCCAACCGACUCGGAAAGAGAUCCGCUGCAGCAGCCAUCUGCACAAACGACACACAAGAAAGGAGAAGAUUACACGUCAUUGCUGGCCAGUCAAGCCUCACCGAGCCUCCGUCAAGGCCGAUCUUCUUCAGCUGCGACUCGAUGGCUGCCCUGAGUUGGUCCUCACUGUCCAUACCCGGCUCCGGCCAGCCGCUGUCCGGCUCCUCGUCACAGAACAGAUCCUCUUCCGAAUCGCUGUCUGUUCCCUCCUGCACUUGCCGGAGCAGCUCCUGAGUGCUCGGCAGGGAGUUGGCCCUCUCGUCGCUUCUUAGAUUCUCGGAGCUGAGCUUGAAGCAGGAGGUUGCAGGAAGCAUGUGGUCCAAUGAUUCGCUCUUCUGCAUCGUGAAUCGCGCUGAAUGAGAGACUGCGGGUUUUGCCCCCGCCCCGCAUGUGUUUACAAUUGGCGUGACGCCGUGUGUCAUGGCUUGUCGACCUUUCCACGGCAUCGGAGGGCUUCUCCUUUCUCGUACUUCUCGACUCUUGCCGCCCCUCUUCUCGACGGUAUCGGCCUUGCCGUUCCUUCACCCCCUGCACUGGCAGGUGUCCACUUCAGCGGCCUUCCACCAGCUGCGCCAUUAUCGCCAUUGCAUCACUAGCGACGAGAACAGCACAUCGACCGGCUCUCC